AUGAGUAAUUCAAGCAAUUGGGUUUUGGAGUUUAGAAGACCUUUGUUUGCUUGGGAAAUGGAAGAGGUGGAAAGGUUGGAUGUUCUGUUGCAGGAGGCCCCAAUUGUUAGAGAAUUAGUGGAGGAUUCCUUGAGGUGGAUAGCAUUUUCAUCUGGGUUGUUUUCUGUAGCUUCAAUCUGGAGAUGGAAAGUGGAAGAUAGGGACUCCACACUCAUAAUCUCUAAGUUAGUAUGGGGAAAUUUCACUCCUCCAAAGGUGAAGUUUUUCUGUUGGUUAGCUUGGCGUGGUAGAAUCAAAACAUCUGUCUUCAUGCAGAGAAUUGGAGUUUUAAAUGAUAAUGCUAGUAUUCUGUAUUUGGUUAUUAUGGUCUGGUGUGAUAAAAUGAUGGAUGUAUGGUGGGCAAUACCAAGAUCAAUGGCUGAAGUAUCGCAAUGGUGGGAUGGAGUGAGGAUGAAGAAAAGGGAGAGAAAAAUAUGGAAGGUUGUGCCUCUGAUUCUGAUGUGGUCUGUGUGGAAGAUGAGAAAUGAGGUGAUGUUUAAUGGUAAACAUUUGGUGGCUGAUGAGAUGCUUGAACAGAUAAAAACAAGAGUGGCACUGCGGUUGAUGCCAGUUGGUUGCUACCAGUUUGCUACUGCUAAUGCCGAGCUAUUUUGGGUCUCAGAUGGUUAUAUGUAG